AGUGUGUCCUGCCGCCUACACUCACCAUGGACGGUCCGCCUCUCGCCUCGCUCUCCCUAACGCACGUCAACUACGAUCCUACCGACCGCAUUGCCUGGCUAUGCGCCCACCUCGCCCUAGUCCCGCAAGCAUUGGUGAUAACCUACACGGCAUUGAUAUGGAGCACACGGGAGAUUGAGAUCCUAUUGAUGUUCGCUGGACAGAUGGGCUGUGAGGCGUUGAACUGGAUACUCAAGCGCUACUUCAAAGAGCAGCGGCCGACACAAAUCGUGGGCAAAGGCUACGGUAUGCCGUCUUCUCAUGCUCAAUUUGUGGCCUUCUUCGCGACGUAUCUUACGUUAUUCCUGCUAUUGCGCCACGAUCCGCACAACCACCCCCUUGCGUCGAGCACACAUACGCCCAUACCAUUGUGGCAGCGCAUCGGCACUGCAUUGGCUGCCAUUGGAGGUGCAGCCGCCGUAGCUCUGAGUAGGACGUACCUGAAGUACCACUCGCCGAAGCAGAUCAAUGUAGGAUGCCUGGUCGGCGUCGCAUGUGGCAUUGCAUGGUUCGUUGUGACCAGCAUUGCCAGACGUACUGGCCUUGUGCAUAAGCUGCUCGAGCUUCCGCCUCUAAGGUGGGCGCGCAUGCGAGACUUGGUCGUCAGCGAGAGCUUGGAGGACGCUGGUUGGGAGAGGUGGCAGCAGGUAGUCAAGCGGAGGACGGCGAGCGCCAAGAAGCGUAGAUGA